ACUUCAGGAAAGUUUGUGAAGGACUCAAAAGGAAAACAAAUGGAUCUUAAGCUUGGUUUUUGUAUUCUCUCCCUAAUUCUGCUGGUUGCUUAUGGGACAGAAGCUAGGAAAAUGGUUCAAGGGAACCUAGAGGGCAAAAGAUUGAACUUCCCAAUUCCAGAUGAAGAUGUCCAAAAGACUAAUGUCUAUUUUUGGAUUUAUGAUAACCAAGGAGAAAAUGGUUAUCACAAAACAGUAGAGGACGUCCAAGUUCAAGUUCAUCCAUCAUCAAAUAACAAGAAUCUUGAAAAUAAGGAUGACACUUAUUUCUGGAUAUACAAUAACCAAGGUGGAAAUUCUCAGCAGGGCAAUCACAAAAUCAAGAAAGAGAAUGCCGGAGUUCAAUUAUCAUCAAACAACAUUGAUCAUGAAAACAAGGUUGAUAAUCACAAUUGGAUAUACAAUAACCAAGGAGAAAAUGUUCACAAGCUGCAAGCGAAAACAGAGAAUUCACAUCUUUGGAUUAACGAGAAACAAGGAGAAAAUAAGCAUCAUCAAGCAAAAAGGGAGAAGGAACAUAUCCAUUCAUCAUCCCAUAUGGAUCAUAUAGAUCCUUCUCUGAGAGUUUUCUUCCUUAUAGAUGAUCUAAAGAUAGGGAAAACAAUAACUGUUUCCUUCCCAAGAAGGGAUCUUUCUUCUUCUCCGAGUUUCUUGCCCAAAGAAGAAGCUGAUUCCAUUCCAUUUACUCAAAAGGAACUCCCAAACAUCCUUCAACGUUUCUCAUUCUCUCGAAACUCUCCACAGGGGAAAGCCAUGGAAGACACACUAAGAGAAUGUGAGGCUCCACAUAUAAAGGGAGAGACAAAGUACUGUGCCACAUCCGCGGAGGCAAUGCUUGAUUUUGUUCAAGGAAUCAUGGGAGAAAAAAUCCAAUUCAAAGCUCUGUCCACAACUCAUUUCUCAAACUCAACUCCCCCACUUCAAGAGUAUACAAUUUUGGAUGCUCCACAAGAAGUAGAAACUCCUAAGAUGGUGGCAUGUCAUACCAUGCCUUACGCUUACGCGAUUUUCUACUGUCAUUACACAAUUAGCAAGAGCAAAGUGUUUAAGGUUUCAUUAGGGGGUGAAAAUGGUGAUAGAGUGGAAGCAAUUGCUGUUUGUCAUUUGGAUACCUCUGAGUGGAGUCCAUCUCAUGCAUCUUUCCAAUUGCUUGGUAUAUUACCAGGAACAUACCCUAUCUGUCACUUUUUUCCAUCAGAUAAUCUAGUGUGGGUUCCAAAAAUCGCCACUGCACAAGUGAUUUGAAAGAGCAGUCUCUCCAUGUUGAUAGCAGCUCUUGUUGGCUUCUGUUUUACUACUACCUGUUAUUGCAUGUAUGUUUACUAGUAAUAUUUUCAUGUAUCUUUUCUGUAGUGUUUCAGUGUACCUCUUGUUUACCUUCCUUUCCUGUGGUGAGAUCCAAAUUAAAUAAAACAGUACGAUUUUCUGCUAA